CCCAGCCCGGGCUUGUUCUUCUUCUUCCUCACUCUCUGCGCCGACUUCUCUCUCGAUCUGCUCUUCCCUUUAGCAAAGCUUCUACGAUCUUCCUCCUGUGGUUUCGUUUCUAAAAGAUGCAUUAGUAUUACUUGUCAUGUUCUUGAACUGAUUCCAUAGGAUGGUGUGAUCUUGAUCUUGAUCUUGAUAUAAUAAUAGUGAAGCAAUGGCGAGCGGUGGCGGCGGCGGCUUGAGAGAACCACCGAACGAGCAAGCAGUUCUGAACAUCUACGAGGCAAUGAGAUCAGAGCUGAGCCAGAUCUAUUCCAACAUAACCGAUCUCGAGAUGCAAGUCAGCGAGCACUCUCUCGUCAUCAACGCUAUUCAGCCUCUCGACCAGUCUAGGAAGUGCUUCCGCAUGAUAGGAGGCGUUCUUGUGGAGAGAACCAUCAGAGAGGUGCUCCCUGCUGUCCAGCGCAACAAGGAAGGCCUCGAGGAGGUUGUGAGGAAGCUUUACGAGACGUUGGAGAAGAAGAAGAAAGAUAUGACUGAGUUUGAAGCUAAGUAUCAGAUCAGGCUUAGGAAGCAGGACGAUUCUAAUAAGGAAGAAGGUGAUAAGAAAAAGGAAGGUAACGCUCAAGGUGUUCUUGUUGGCGCUGCUGCUGCCAGUUCGAGCUAGUGAAAGUUUCUCCCUUUACUCUUUGUAUCUUCUUUUAAUGGUGUUUUGCUACGUUUCUCUGGAGAACAGAACAAUGUUUUGGCAUGUUACAAAACUCAGUAGACUGGAGAAGUGCCAUUUAUAGAUCAGUUUUUGCUUAUAGAUUUCGAGUUAUAGAGAA